CUCUUUGGCCAUUCUCUGCGCUGCCUUGCCACUUCUUCAGGUUCUCACCGAGGUCGAGCAAUCCAGGGAAGGAGCAGCGGUGCCUUUAUUCUUCCAUUGAUCCCGUCAUCCGGUACCUUUCUACGCAUCAUCAUGGUUAACCCCCGCCGAACUUCUUCCGUUGGACGCGAAAUUCCCCUCCGUGCCGCGGGUAUACGCCGCAGGCGUGCCUCCCGGUCGGUACUUAGGCUCCCUACAGCUCGUCAGUUGUUUGCCGACGAGAACGACUUAACAAGCAGAGUAACAAGGUACUCUCCAGUGCGUAGUUUCGCGCCCUCCCGCGCAUACCCUUAUCGUCCUCCCCGAAACCCUCCAGCGGUUCUUCAAGAGGAACAACAGCCCAGAGCCAGGCCGCCAUCGCCCAAUUACUCCCCCAUCCAGGAUUCAUCUAAUCCCAGCUACUCGCCGGUCAGGACACCGGAAGAUCUUCCUUCCAUACCGGAAGAACGAAGACCCAUAGAACAAAGCACAGAAACUGAGGCUGGUCCAUCCAACCCAGGUCAAGUUCUGGAUCCCCCUGAACCAAAUUUCUACCCGGAACCAGAGGACCUAGUCUUACCAAGCAGUAUCCAACCCCUCGCAGGACUAACAGACGAAGAUUUUAUCGAGAUCUACGAAUACUUGCAGCGAGAUAAUUUCUUCAACAACCGCGAAUAAUAACC